UCGCCAAAACAGCAGACAGAUUGUCAGCACUGAAAACUCUGCACAUGUUUUGCGGCGUGUGUUAAAUUAAUUUGUAAAAAUAAGGCAAAUAAACGCGUUUUUGGCAUGGAUAUAGACGAGCUGUUCGAUUGCUUCGACGAAGUGCAGCCGGAGGUGCCGCCACCGGCAGUUAACAAGGAGGAGAAGCCCUCGGGAAGCGGAAGUACCAAGAAGGGUAGCAAACGCCAGGCCAAAGACAAGAACCCGGCGAAAUCCUCAAAAGAAGUGGGGCAGGAAAACCAGGGAAACGAAAAUGGGGAGCCCACCAAGCGCCUGCGGCAAGAGGAACCGGAGGAUGAGGCGGAGGAGGACGAUGGGGACGACGAACCCGUUCGCACUCUCGACCUGGAUGACUCCGCCGCCUUGGAGGCCCUGCGCACCAGGAUUGUGACCCAUCUGCUGGAUGCACCCAAGUCCUGCACCCACGAGGUGGCCGCCCAUCCCGACCAGGAGUACAUACCCCUGCAACCGUUCAGCGGCGUGCCCGCCAAGGAGUAUCCCUUCGUGCUGGAUCCCUUCCAGCGCCAGGCGAUCCUGUGCAUCGACAACAGCCAGAGUGUCCUGGUCUCGGCCCACACGUCGGCCGGCAAGACCGUGGUGGCGGAGUACGCCAUUGCCAAGUCGCUGGCCGCCAAGCAGCGGGUUAUAUACACCACGCCCAUCAAGGCGCUGUCCAACCAGAAGUUCCGUGAGUUCACCGACGAGUUCAAGGACGUGGGUCUGGUCACGGGCGAUGUGACGAUCAAUCCCUCGGCCUCCUGCUUGAUCAUGACCACGGAGAUUCUGCGGAAUAUGCUGUAUCGCGGCAGCGAGAUCAUGCGCGAGGUGGGUUGGGUGGUCUUCGACGAGAUCCACUAUAUGCGCGACAAGGAGCGCGGCGUCGUCUGGGAGGAGACGCUCAUCCUGCUGCCGGACAAUGUGCGCUACGUCUUCCUUUCGGCCACCAUUCCCAAUGCCCGCCAGUUUGCCGAGUGGGUCUGCCACCUGCACAAGCAGCCGUGUCACGUGGUCUACACCGACUACCGACCCACUCCUCUGCAGCACUACAUCUUCCCUGCCGGUGGCGAUGGCAUUCAUCUCAUCGUCGACGAGAAGGGGCAGUUCAAGGAGGACAACUUCACCACUGCCAUGGCGGUGCUGGCUAAUGCGGGUGAGGCUGGCAAGGGAGACCAGAAGGGACGCAAUGGCGGCAUCAAGGGCACCAAUGCCGGUCAGACGAACAUCUUCAAAAUCGUCAAGAUGAUCAUGGAGCGCAACUUUGCCCCGGUCAUCAUAUUCUCGUUCAGCAAGAAAGACUGCGAGGUCUACGCCAUGCAGAUGGCCAAGCUGGACUUCAAUACGCCGGAUGAAAAGAAGCUGGUGGACGAGGUGUUCAACAAUGCCAUGGACGUGCUCUCGGAGGAGGAUCGCCGCCUGCCGCAGGUGGAGAAUGUGCUGCCCUUGUUGCGUCGCGGCAUUGGCAUCCAUCAUGGCGGUCUCUUGCCCAUUCUCAAGGAGACCAUAGAGAUUCUCUUCGGCGAGGGUCUGAUCAAGGCCUUGUUUGCCACAGAAACCUUUGCCAUGGGCCUUAACAUGCCGGCCAGAACGGUGCUGUUUACGGCGCCGCGCAAGUUCGACGGCAAGGACUUCCGCUGGAUCAGCUCCGGCGAGUACAUUCAGAUGGCGGGUCGUGCCGGCCGUCGAGGAUUGGAUGACAAGGGCAUCGUUAUCCUAAUGAUCGACGAGAAGGUCUCUCCGGCUGUGGGCCGCGAUAUUGUGCAGGGCAAGGCAGAUCCCAUCAAUUCGGCCUUCCAUCUUACAUACAACAUGGUCCUGAACCUGCUGCGCGUGGAGGAAAUAAAUCCGGAGUACAUGCUGGAGCGCAGUUUCUAUCAGUUCCAGAACCAGGCAGCUCUUCCCGGCCUGCACGACAAGGUGGAGCAAAAGACACUGGAGCUGAAUAAGCUGAGCAUCAAGGACGAGCACAACAUCGCCUCCUACCACCACAUACGUUCCCAACUGGAUCAACAUGGCAAGCAGUUCCGCCAGUGGAUAACGAAGCCCCAAUAUCUGUUGCCGUUCCUGCAGCCUGGCAGAUUGGUAAAGGUGGCCGCCGGCUCACAGGAGUACGACUGGGGAAUCGUGCUAAACUUCAAGAAGCAGGAUCAGAGCCGCAAGAAUCCUCUGAAGUGUGAGCCCAGCGUCACCAUCGAUGUGCUGCUGCACGUCAGCGAGGCGGCAGCCAAAUCUGGCGACACAGAGCCAUGCAAACCGAACGAGCGGGGAUGCAUGGAGGUGGUCCCGGUGGCCCACACGCUAAUCACCCAGAUUAGCUCAAUUCGGGUGUACUUCCCCAGCGAUCUGCGCAGUGCGGACAAUCGGCGAGCCGUGCUGAAGACCAUCCAUGAGGCCAAGAAACGAUUCCCCCUGGGUCCACCGGUUCUCAAUCCCAUUGAUGACAUGAACAUCAAGGAGCGAGAAUUCCGCGACAUUGUCGAUACCAUCGCCCAGUUUGAGGCGCGUUUGGAGGAGCAUCCGUUGCACAAGUCGCCGGAGCUGGAGCGCAUCCACCGGCGCUACCAGGACAAGGUGCAGCUGCAGACGGAACUGCAGGACCUGAAGGCAGAGCUAAAGGCCGCCCGCAGUCUGUUGCAGAUGGAGGAGCUGAAGCACCGCAAGCGCGUGCUUCGUCGGAUGGGCUACUGCAAGCCGGGUGACGUUAUUGAGUUCAAGGGUCGCGUGGCCUGCGAACUGAGCUCGGCGGAUGAACUCCUCAUGACCGAGAUGAUCUUCAACGGGGUGUUCAACGACCUCACCGCUCCGCAGGCCGUGUCUCUGCUCUCCUGCUUCGUGUGCGACGAAAAGUCCAGCGAAUCCCCGAAGAGCGCCACUGAGCUAUCGGGACCACUGCGCUCCAUGCAGGAUUUGGCACGUCGCAUCGCCAAGGUGUCGACAGAAUGCAAACUGGAUCUGGACGCCGAUACGUAUGUGGACAAAUUCAAGCCUUUCCUUAUGGACGUGGUACUGGCCUGGUGCAAGGGCUCCAGUUUCCUCGCCGUCUGCAAGAUGACCGACAUCUUCGAGGGCUCCAUUAUCCGAUGCAUGCGGCGACUGGAGGAGCUGCUACGACAGAUGUGCCAGGCCUCGAAAACCAUCGGCAACACGGACCUGGAGAACAAGUUUUCCGAGGGCAUUAGGCUGCUCAAGCGCGACAUUGUCUUUGCCGCCUCGUUGUAUCUGUAGGAUUUUAGGAAGACUUGUUUUAAGGCCUUAUUUCCAGUUCCAUUCGUUUUUAGUUUUUAUGGAAUCGGAAUACCAUUUUUUGCUUGUUUCCUUGAUAAAGUUUCGCGGUAACGUAAAACGUAAAAUGGAUGAUGAUUCAAAACAUGAAACGAAUCUUAAGUUAGGACAGUCCAAGUGCGGAUUUCUGAUGAAGGCACAAUUUGUAUAAUUUCAAUGUUUACACGACAACCAAGAAGGUUACAAUAAAUGAGACCAUCAGACAAAAGUAAAUAAGA